UCGCCAUUGGUGCGGCGUGGAGAGCGCGUGCUCCAGACCAGUGACCGCGCGGUGCGCCCCAGCCGCGCCCCAGCCGCGCCGCCAUGGCCGUGCCGUCGGGAGACUCGAAGGCGCCUCUGCGCGAGAUCAAGCGGAUUCAGUUCGGCAUCCUGAGCCCGGACGAGCUGCGCCGCAUGUCGGUCACCGAAGGCGGCAUCAAGUACCCGGAGACGAUGGAGGGCGGCCGGCCCAAGCUGGGCGGCCUGAUGGACCCGCGCCAGGGCGUCAUUGACCGGCUCUCGCGCUGCCAGACGUGCGCCGGCAACAUGACAGAGUGCCCCGGCCACUUCGGGCACAUCGACCUGGCCAAGCCCGUCUUCCACCCGGGCUUCCUCACCACCAGCAUCAAGAUCCUGCGCUGCGUCUGCUUCUACUGCUCCAAGCUGCUCGUCACACCGACCAACCCCAAGAUCAAGGAAAUCGUGCUCAAGUCCAAGGGCCAGCCGCGCAAGCGCAUGACGCACGUGUACGACCUGUGCAAGGGCAAGAACAUCUGCGAGGGCGGCGACGAGCUGGACCUGCAGAAGGAGGGCGGCGGCGACGACCCGGGCCAGGUGAAGGGCCACGGCGGCUGCGGCCGGUACCAGCCGCGCAUCCGCCGCUCGGGCCUCGACCUCACCGCCGAGUGGAAGCACGUCAACGAGGACUCGCAGGAGAAGAAGAUCAACCUGACCGCCGAGCGCGUCUACGAGAUCUUCAAGCACAUCUCGGACGAGGAGUGCUUCCUGCUCGGUAUGGACUUCAAGUUCGCUCGGCCCGACUUUAUGAUCAUCACGGUGCUGCCGGUGCCGCCGCUCUGCGUGCGGCCGGCCGUCAUGAUGUUCGGCUCGGCCAAGAACCAGGACGACCUCACGCACAAGCUGGCCGACAUCAUCAAGGCCAACAACGAGCUGAUUAAGAACGAGGCGGCCGGCGCCGCCGCGCACAUCAUCCUCGAGAAUCACAAGAUGCUACAGUACCACGUGGCCACGCUGUCCGACAACGACAUGCCGGGUCUGCCGCGCGCCAUGCAGAAGAGCGGUCGCCCGCUCAAGGCCAUCAAGGCGCGCCUCAAGGGCAAGGAGGGUCGCAUCCGAGGCAACCUCAUGGGAAAGCGAGUAGAUUUCUCGGCGCGAACCGUCAUCACGGCCGACCCGAACCUACGCAUCGACCAGGUGGGCGUGCCUAAGUCGAUCGCGCUCAACCUCACCUACCCGGAGAUCGUGACGCCGUUCAAUAUCGACAAGAUGCAGGACCUGGUGAAGCGCGGCAACAACCAGUACCCGGGCGCCAAGUACAUCAUCCGCGACAACGGCGAGCGCAUUGACCUGCGCUUCCACCCGAAGCCAUCCGACCUGCACCUGCAGUGCGGCUACAAGGUGGAGCGGCACAUCAUCGACGGCGACCUGGUUAUCUUCAACCGGCAGCCGACGCUGCAUAAGAUGAGUAUGAUGGGCCACCGCGUCAAGGUGCUUCCCUGGUCGACGUUUCGGAUGAACCUCAGUGUCACAUCGCCCUACAACGCCGACUUCGACGGCGACGAGAUGAACCUGCACGUGCCGCAGUCGAUGGAGACGCGCGCCGAGAUCGAGAACAUGCACGUGACACCGCGCAUGAUCGUCACGCCACAGUCCAACAAGCCCGUCAUGGGCAUCGUGCAGGACACGCUGACGGCCGUGCGCAAGAUGACCAAGCGCGACGUGUUCCUGGAGAAGGAGGAGAUGAUGAACCUGCUCAUGUUCCUGCCGACGUGGGACGGCAAGAUCCCGGUGCCGGCCGUGCUCAAGCCGCGCCCGCUGUGGACCGGCAAGCAGCUGUUCUCGCUCAUCAUCCCGGGCAACGUAAACAUGAUCCGCACGCACUCGGUGCACCCGGACGACGAAGACCACGGCCCGUACAAGUGGAUCUCGCCCGGCGACACCAAGGUGCUCGUCGACAACGGCGAGCUGAUCAUGGGCAUUCUGUGCAAGAAGUCACUGGGCGCAUCGGCCGGCUCGCUGCUGCACAUCUGCUGGCUGGAGCUGGGCCACGAGAUCUGCGGCCACUUCUACCACGACAUCCAGUCGGUGGUGAACGCCUGGCUGCUGUACGAGGGCCACUCGAUCGGUAUCGGCGAUACCAUCUCCGACCCGGAGACCUACUCCGACAUCCAGAACACCAUCCGCAAGGCCAAGGAGGACGUGAUCCAGGUGAUCGAGAAGGCGCACAACGACGAGCUGGAGCCCACGCCCGGCAACACGCUGCGACAGACGUUCGAGAACCACGUCAACCGCAUCCUCAACGAUGCGCGUGACAAAACCGGCGCCUCCGCCAAGAACUCGCUCGGCGAGUACAACAACCUCAAGGCCAUGGUGGUGGCCGGCUCCAAGGGCUCGCCCAUCAACAUCUCUCAGGUCAUCGCGUGCGUGGGCCAGCAGAACGUGGAGGGAAAGCGGAUCCCCUUCGGCUUCCGCAAGCGCACGCUGCCGCACUUCAUCAAGGACGACUACGGACCGGAGUCGCGAGGCUUCGUCGAGAACUCGUACCUGGCCGGCCUGACGCCCACCGAGUUCUACUUCCACGCCAUGGGCGGCCGAGAGGGUCUGAUCGACACGGCCGUGAAGACGGCCGAGACGGGCUACAUCCAGCGGCGCCUCAUCAAGGCCAUGGAGUCGGUCAUGGUCAACUACGACGGCACCGUGCGCAACUCUGUGGCGCAGCUGGUGCAGCUGCGUUACGGCGAGGACGGCCUGGCCGGCGAGUUCGUCGAGUUCCAGUCGCUGUCCACCAUCAAGCUGUCGGACGCGGCGUUCCGGCGCAAGUUCAAGUUCGAGACGACCAACGAGCGGCACCUGCGGCGCGUCUUCCAGGAGGACAUCGUGCGUGACCUGAUGGGCUCGGGCGAGAUGAUCGGCGAGCUGGAGCGCGAGUGGGAGAGCCUCUCGCGAGACCGGCAGGAGCUGCGCCAGAUCUUCCCCACCGGCGAGAGCCGCGUCGUGCUGCCCUGCAACCUGGAGCGUAUGAUCUGGAACGGCCAGAAGAUCUUCCACAUCAAGAAGACGGAGCCGACCGACCUGAGUCCGCUGAAGGUGCUGGAGGGCGUGCGCACGCUGCUGUCGCGCUGCGUGGUGGUGCGCGGCGAGGACCAGCUCUCGAAGACGGCCAACGCCAACGCCACCAUCCUGUUCUCGUGCCUAGUGCGCUCGACGCUGUGCACGCGCCGGGUGGCCGAGGAGUACCGGCUCAGCUCGGAGGCGUUCGAGUGGCUGAUCGGCGAGAUCGACACCCGCUUCCACCAGGCCAUGGCCAACCCGGGCGAAAUGGUGGGCGCGCUGGCCGCGCAGUCGCUCGGCGAGCCCGCCACGCAGAUGACGCUCAAUACAUUCCACUUCGCCGGCGUGUCGUCCAAGAACGUGACACUCGGCGUGCCGCGCCUCAAGGAGAUCAUCAACGUGAGCAAGAAGCCGAAGGCGCCGUCGCUGACGGUGUUCCUGACGGGCGCCAGCGCGCGUGACGCCGAAAAGGCCAAGAACGUGCUGUGUCGGCUGGAGCACACCACGCUGCGCAAGGUCACGGCCAACACGGCCAUCUACUACGACCCCGACCCGCAGAACACGGUCAUCGCCGAGGACCAGGAGUUCGUCAACGUCUACUACGAGAUGCCCGACUUCGACCCCACCCGCAUCUCGCCCUGGCUGCUGCGCAUCGAGCUGGACCGCAAGCGGAUGACUGACAAGAAGCUGACCAUGGAGCAGAUCUCUGAGAAGAUCAACGCCGGCUUUGGCGACGACCUGAACUGCAUCUUCAAUGACGACAACGCCGAGAAGCUGGUGCUGCGCAUCCGCAUCAUGAACUCGGACGACUCCAAGUUCGCCGACGAGGACGAGCAGAUGGACAAGAUGGAGGACGACAUGUUCCUCCGCUGCAUCGAGGCCAACAUGCUCAGCGACAUGACUCUGCAGGGCAUCGAGUCCAUCAGCAAGGUGUACAUGCACCUGCCGUCGACGGAGAACAAGAAGCGCAUCGUCAUCACGGAGACGGGCGAGUUCAAGCACAUCGCCGAGUGGCUGCUGGAGACGGACGGCACGUCGCUGAUGAAGGUGCUGAGCGAGCGUGAUGUCGACCCCGUGCGCACCUUCUCCAACGACAUCUGUGAGAUCUUCUCCGUCAUGGGCAUCGAGGCCGUGCGCAAGUGUAUCGAGAAGGAAAUGAACACGGUGCUGCAGUUCUACGGCCUCUACGUCAACUACCGCCACCUGGCGCUGCUGUGCGAGGUCAUGACCUCCAAGGGCCACCUGAUGGCCAUCACGCGACACGGCAUCAACCGGCAGGACACGGGCGCCCUCAUGAGGUGUUCGUUCGAGGAGACUGUGGACGUGCUGAUGGACGCGGCAGCCCACGCCGAGGUCGACCCGCUCCGGGGUGUCUCCGAGAAGAUCAUGGUCGGACAGCUGGCUGGAGUGGGCACAGGGUGCUUCGACCUGCUGCUGGACGCCGAGAAGUGCAAGCAUGGCAUCGAGAUCCCGAUGACGCUGGGCGCCGGCAUGGGCGUCGGCAUGUUCUUCGGCUCGGCGGCCACGCCCGGCUCGGGCAUGUCGCCAGUGAUGACGCCCUGGAACCAGAGUGCGACGCCGGCGUACGCCAGCGUCUGGUCGCCGGGCAUGGGCAGCGGCAUGACGCCCGGCGGGCCGGGCUUCUCGCCCAGCAGCAGCAGCGAUGCGUCCGGCCUGUCGCCCGGCUACUCGCCCGGCUGGUCUCCGCAGCCAGCCAGCCCCGGUGGCGGACUGUCGCCGAGCUACAGCCCCUCGUCGCCCGGCUACGUGCCCACCUCGCCCAGCCUGGGCCCCACCAGUCCCAACUACAGUCCGACCAGCCCCAGCUACAGUCCCACCAGCCCCAACUACAGUCCGACCAGCCCCAGCUACAGUCCCACCAGCCCCAACUACAGUCCCACCAGCCCCAGCUACAGUCCAACCAGCCCCAGCUACAGUCCGACGAGUCCCAGCUACUCACCGACGAGUCCCAGCUAUUCGCCCACUUCGCCAUCCUACUCACCCACGAGUCCGUCCUACAGCCCGACAAGUCCGAGUUAUUCGCCAACCAGUCCGAGCUACUCGCCCACAUCGCCAUCCUACUCACCCACGAGUCCGUCCUACAGCCCGACAAGUCCGAGUUAUUCGCCAACCAGUCCGAGCUACUCGCCGACAAGCCCGAGCUAUUCGCCGACGAGCCCGAGCUACUCGCCUAGCUCGCCUAACUACAGUCCGUCAUCACCAGGCUACAGUCCGACGAGCCCGAGCUACUCGCCGACCAGCCCGAGCUACUCGCCCACGUCGCCGCAGUACUCGCCGCAGAGUCCCAGCUACUCGCCUAGCUCUCCCAAGUACUCGCCUACGAGCCCAAGCUAUUCGCCCAGCUCGCCCAAGUACAGUCCGACGAGUCCCACGUACAGCCCGGCGUCGCCAGCGUACAGCCCCAGCUCGCCCAAGUACUCCCCGACCAGCCCCAAGUACAGCCCUACCAGCCCUACCUACUCGCCCACCUCGCCGUCCUACAGCCCCAGCUCGCCCAAGUACUCGCCGACGAGCCCCAAGUACUCGCCGACCAGCCCCACAUACUCGCCGGGCUCGCCGACCUACAGUCCGACGAGUCCCGGCUACAGUCCGACCAGCCCCAAGUAUAGCCCCACCAGUCCCACCUACAGUCCGACGACGCCGGGCUACAGUCCGACCAGCCCCACCUACAGCCCCAGCAGUCCGGGCUACGAGAGCGAAGAGGAAGAGCGCAACAGACGCCGCUAGGUCUGCCAGCCGGCCGCCACCGAGCCGGGCGCGGGGCACGAGACCUGAGCCCGGGCGGCGGCGGCGACGGCGGCGCCGCGACGGACACACAUCAUCGCUGUACACUAUUUUCAUAGACGUCCCCAC